UAUUCCAACUUCAUGCUUCAUUCAUUGGCGAAUCUGCAUAACAAAUUCUACGUUUACUUGAAGCAAGCUUUUGAUCAUAUGGUUUCAAGCUUUCUAUUCCACAACAAAGUUGAUUUUUAAAGCAAUUCUGGAUCACAUUGUAUCUCCGAUUGUUUAUUUUAAAAGAGGGCUGCUAGCUCUGAAAGAAAGUGUAGACUUAAAAGGAAGCAAGCUUAAGGAUUAACUCAAGACAAUGAAGGAAAUGUGUUUAUUUCUGAUUAUUGAUAUCGCUCUAUAUUGGCUUCUUAUGCCGGAUUUGCCUAUAUGGGCUUUCUUGUUGUACAAAGUGGCAUUCAUAUUCCGACCACUGGACAGAUUCGCCUUGGUAAUCAUAAACGCUGCAGCCAAAUGGUAUUUACUUCCUUUUUGCGAGGAAUGGAUUGUUAAACAUGAACAGAACCUGACUCGAUCGAAUGCCUAAGGCUGCUAUUUAAAAAACUGUUAUUACCAUUGUCUAUAAACAGAUUAAAUGGGAAUAUUUCAAUUACGUAAACUAAACAGAAUGUGUGUAUAUUUUUCUAUGUUGUUUCAAUAUUGCGAAAAUUUAAACAG